AUGGACGACAACGAAAAGGGACUCCCGGUUGAACCAAAAACUGAUGAACAAGUGGCUUCUGGCUCCGAUGAGUUUUCGUCUGAUGGAGCAGUCGACCAUUAUAUCGAUCCUGCUGCUGAGAAGAGGCUUAUUGUGAAACUCGAUCUUUACUUGGCACCGGUCAUGACUUUAAUCUUCCUGGCUGCGUAUCUGGAUCGAGCGAAUAUUGGGAAUGCCGCGUCCGCUGGCAUGACUGCUGAUUUGCAUAUGACAAGCGGUCAACUUGGCAAUGCAGUGACUCUCUUCUACGUCCUCUAUGUUGCAUUCGAACUUCCUUGCACAAUUGUAGUGAAGAAGUUUCAUCCUGGGCGAAUGAUCCCAGCCCUAAUGUUCUGCUGGUCCAUCGUCAUAAUAGGAACAGGUUUCAUGCACACCGCCAACCAACUCUACGCCUCCCGCCUGCUCCUCGGCCUCUUCGAAUCCGGCAUGUUCCCCUGUCUCGCCGUCUACCUCAGCACCUUCUACAAGCGCGAAGAACAAGGCCUCCACAUCGCCUAUCUCCUUGUCUCAGCGGCUCUCUCCGGUGCAUUCGGUGGUCUCUUCGCCUUUGCGCUACUGAAAAUGGAUGGUGUAGGUGGACUCGCGGGCUGGAGAUGGCUCUUCAUCGUCGAAGGGCUCGCUACUGUCGUCAUCUCGAUCGCGAUUUUCUUCCUGCUUCCAGAUAACUUCGAGACAGCACGGUUCUUGAACGAAGAAGAUAGGAAGAUCAUGCGUAUCAGAGCCGAAAUUGCUGCUAGGUAUAACGGUAAGGAGGAGUUCGAGUGGAAGGAAAUCCGCAAAGCGUUCCAGGACCCGAAGACGUGGAUUAGUUGCUGGUCUCAAUUCAUGGGCGAUAUCUGCUCGUUUGGCCUCUCGACCUUCUUGCCGUUGAUUAUCAAGGGCUUUGGAUAUACCACUGUCCGGACGCAACUCCUCACUAUCCCGGUCUUCCUUGUUGCGGCGUUCUUCUUCAUCAUCGUGUCGUGGUGCUCGGAUCACUUUGGCAAACGAGUGUUCUUUAUGUUGCCUGCUGUUCUGGUGACGAUGAUCGGUUAUGCGCUGCAACUUGGAAUCCCGAUCUCGAAUAAGGCGGUGCUGUAUUUCAGCACGUUCUUGAUUGCACCGGGGAUUUAUAUCAUCUUAGGGUUGAACUGUACUUGGUUGUUGAACGGCCAUGCCGGGUAUUACAAGCGUGCUACGGCUGUGGGCAUGAAUCAGACGAUUGGGAAUGCUGUUGGUGUUGUGGUCGGUCAAAUCUUCAAGAAAACAGUAAACGGGAAAUACCUCACGGGCUUGCGGAUCUCGCUGGGUGCCGUGCUCCUUGCUGGGUGUGGACAUAUUGUGCUAUAUAGUCUGAGAUAUCAGAAUAUGAAGAGGGAGAGGAUGAGCCUCGAGGAGAGGGAAGAGGAGAUUAAAAAUGGGUGGGGUGGGGACUUUCAUCCGGAUUUUAGAUAUGCACUUUGA